GCCCACGCGGUGCGGCCCGGGAGCCCUCGCUGGCCGUGUGCUCCGCCCUCUCCCCCUUUCAGCCCCGCGACCCUCCUCCCCUGGCCGAACAUGGGCGCGCGCGCGUCCCAGGAGCCCCGGACCCGGGCCCGGGCCGGGUUGCGGGUGCUGCUGCUGGUUCUACUUCUGGCGCUGCUGCUGCUGGCGCUGGUGGCUCCUGGAGCGCAGGGGGCUCGGGGCCGCGGGGCUGCGGACAAGAACAGCCACCGGCGCGCGACGAGCAGCUUCUCGCAGAGCGUGAGCAGCCUCUUCGGAGAGGACAACGUGCGCGCGGCUCAGAAGUUACUGUCCAGGCUGACCGAGCGGUUCGUGCAGGGGGUGGACAUGUUCUUAGAGACGUUAUGGAAAGUUUGGAUGGAGCUCUUAGAAGUCCUUGGGCUUGACGUAUCCAACCUGUCACAGUACUUCAGCCCAGCCUCCGUGUCCAACAGCCCCACCCGGGCCCUGGUGCUGGUUGGUGUGGUUCUCCUGGCCUACUGGUUCUUGUCUCUGACCUUGGGCUUCACCUUCAGCCUCCUCCACCUGGUGUUUGGCCGCUUCUUCUGGCUCGUGCGUGUCAUCCUGUUCUCCAUGUCCUGCGUGUAUAUCCUACAUAAGUACGAGGGCGAGCCCGAGCACGCGGUGCUGCCGCUCUGCGUCGUGGUGGCCAUCUACUUCAUGACGGGGCCCAUGGGCUACUGGCGGGGCAGCCCCGGUGGCCUUUGCAGCCCCAGCGUGGAGGAGAAGCUGGAACACCUGGAGAACCAGGUGAGGUUGCUCAACAUCCGCCUCAACAGGGUGCUCGAGAACCUUGACCGCUCCAAGGACAAGUGAAGGUCAGCCGCCUAGCCGUCCAACCAGCUAGUGAUGUCAAAAGACAGCAGAAGAAGAGAAGAGCCGGCAACCCCACCAAAUCCCAACCCUCCCAAUAAACUGAGCAAAAACGCCACGCCUGGUAUUUCCCACUGUGUGUCAACCUUAGGAGCCACUGGAGGAGAGAGAACUUUCGUAGAUUGCCAGUGGGAAAACAGUUUUUAAACAACGGAUAUACCCCCUGUUAGCUGUGUAGUCGGAUAACUUUAUCUGUGCAUAGAACAUAAUGUUGAUUUUUCUUCCCAAACAUUUAAAUACAUCUUUUGUAAGGUUUUUAAAUAAAGGCAGAUGGAGUCAAGUUUA